AUUUUUUUUUCUGUCUGGAAGAAAAGCGGCUUCUUCAUCCGGCGUGAAGUGUCUUUUUUCUCUUGUCAUCAAGGAAGGAAGCAAGGAGGAAGUGCCAGUGUGAGCUGCCAUGUAGUGGAGUCUGUACCUCUCUGGAAUGUGCACUAUGAGGCAUGGAAGCAGACGACGUGACUAUCAGAGAGCAGAAUUUCCACAGCCAAGUGAGGGAGUAUAUAAUUUGCUUCCUCCUGUUUGCCGUACUCUACAUUGUCUCCUACUUCAUUAUCACCAGAUACAAGAGGAAGACGGAUGACCAAGAGGAUGAAGAUGCUGUCGUCAACAGAAUCUCUUUGUACUUGUGCACCUUCACCCUCGCCGUCUCCGGUGGCGCUGUCUUCCUGCUGCCCUUUUCAAUCAUUAGCAGUGAGAUCCUCCUGUCCUUUCCAAAAAACUACUACAUCCAGUGGCUCAAUGGCUCCCUCAUCCACGGUCUGUGGAAUCUGGUGUCCCUCUUCUCCAAUCUUUGCCUCUUUGUCCUGAUGCCCUUUGCCUAUUUCUUCUUGGAGUCGGAGGGAUUUGCCGGAUCUAAAAAGGGCAUUAAGGCACGCGUUCUAGAGACCUUUGUGAUGCUCUUCUUGCUGGCUCUGCUCAUCCUGGGGAUCGUGUGGGUGGCGUCAGCUCUCAUCGACAAUGAUGCCGCCAGCAUGGAGUCGCUCUACGAUCUCUGGGAGUUCUACUUACCGUACUUGUACUCCUGUAUAUCUCUGAUGGGAGGACUGCUGUUACUCAUGUGCACUCCUGUGGGACUGUCUAGGAUGUUCACAGUCAUGGGCCAGUUACUUGUCAAACCAACAAUCCUGGAGGACCUGGAUGAGCAGAUUUACUGCAUCCAUUUGCAAGAGGAAGCCCUUCAGAGGAGAUUAAACGGAUCAUCCACAUGCACAUAUGCCAGAGGAGGCUUUGCCCAUCAGCUCAGUAAAGAACUGGAUACUAUCCGAAAUGUGAGGAAUAAACUUGAAAGGAGAAAGCGAGCUUCAGGUUGGGAGAAGAACUUGUUGUAUCCCAUGGUGAUGCUGAUCCUGCUGGCAGGAACGACAAUCUCAGUUCUUUUGGUGGCUCUCAACAUCCUCUACCUUCUCGUAGAUGAGACUGCCAUGCCCAAAGGAUCCACGGAACACGGCAUCGGGAGCAUGUCCCUGUCCCCCUUUGGCGUGGCCCAAGCCGUGUUGGAGAUCAUCCUCAUGUUCUAUUUGAUGGCUUCCUCUGUGCUGGGAUUCUACAGCCUUCGCCUUUUUGAGGGGCUCACUCCCAGGAAGGAUGAUACAACCAUGACAACGAUCAUUGGAUGCUGUGUGUCCAUCUUAGUGCUGAGUUCAGCCCUACCCGUCAUGUCCAGAACUUUAGGCAUUACCAGGUUUGAUCUGUUGGGAGAUUUUGGGAGAUUCAACUGGCUGGGAAACUUUUACAUCGUGGUCUCGUACAACCUUCUCUUUGCCGUCGUGACCACGCUCUGUCUGGUCAGGAAGUUCACCUCGGCCGUACGAGAAGAGCUCCUCAAGGCCUUAGGUCUGGAUAAAUUGCAACUGUCAAACAGCCCUACUGACCCCGAAUCUGGGAAGCUCUCAGCCAACGGGCAUCAGAAGACUUUGUGAAAGUACGGGGUCAAGGGAAGGAGAGAUUUCACAGCUGAAAGGUGAAAAGGAUUGAAGGGGAACUUAAUAAAGCCGCGCAGUGUCUGGCAGAUGCUGCAAAUAGAGGCUGAGAGCCAUUUUGCUGCGUGACAUUCCAUUCCCUGGGCCUCGGAUGGGAGCUGGGAUGGAGCCAAGAGGAGACGAGGAGUGUGAUGGCUGCACUUACUACCAACCACCUGUGCUACACACUGCUCCUCUUUUCACCAAGCACACUUCAGCUUCAGCAUUUAACCCACUAAGUUGGACUCAAGUGUUUUGGUUCAGAUAAGGGUCGGGUAUUUAGGGAAUCUUUCAAAUGGAACUCAGCUGAGCAACACCACUUGGUGAAAAGAAGGCAUUUUUGGACCAUUGAGUGCAGUUUUUGGUUUUAUCUGAUUGUUUCAGAACGUGUGUAAAACACUGGACAACACUGGACCGGCUCGGCUCGACUCCAUUGCCUUGAAGUCCGCUUUUCACUUCAAAAAAGUCUUUGGUAAAACAAACCGAGACAAAGCUAAGCUACAAAAGUUAUUGGAGAGUAAUGUUACCUCUCACUCCUAUUGACUGUGUAUUAGAAACAAUACCUUUGUGUUAGGAAGUGUCCUGCAGCAAGGAGGGCGGUGCAGUUGGAAAUGUCAAUGAGGAUGAUGUCAUUAGUUACAACUUUUAGGUGCUCCGCAUUUGACCGACUCCAUUAGACAGGAGUUUGUGUUCACAUUUUGCUUCCACCCCUUGUUUAACAAAGGGUUCGUGUAAAUAGUAUGUACUCAUGUACAUAUGUUUGAUAGCCUCUUUGAAAGCCAAGUUUUCCAUCAGCGCACACAAGCAUCCAUCCAUUUUCUACUGCUUAUCCCUUUUGGGGUCGCGGGGGGGGUUCUGGAGCCUGCAUGUGUACUUAUUAGUUGUUGUGAACAACUCAGUCCAAGGCAAACAAUCUCAGAAGGUCUGCUUAAACUGGCAUCAAUUGAUCAUCUUCUCCACUGUGAUGUUGUCGGCGUGCAGAAGUACCUAAAAUGCCUUAAAGGACGAGCCUCCAGCGCGCUCAAUGUUUAAGUUGUUUCCUUUUGCUGUGAUUUUGGUCCCCAGGUAGUUCCACUGUGAUGCUCCACGCACACAUUGCUGUUGUCAUAGAAACAUGCAGCAUACACCUGGUCAUGUUGUGUGUUCUCAUAUGGAAAGGUCAAAAGGCAAAAAGAAGGUUCAUUGUUUGCUUUGUAUUUGUUACUUUUCCUUCUUUGAUCGGGGCAAUGAAUAUGCAGAACAUGUCUUCUUAAAUCAACCUCAUUAGAUGUCAGUUACCAUUGUGGAAACCAGAACAGGACCAAAGAUCUGAUUUUAUUGAUAGUUCGAUAUUCAAGGAGAAGCUUUUUGUUUGUUAGAUUUAGUCCAUCUGAUUGUGUCCCAUAACAACAAACUACUAUUAUGUCAUUUCUAGGGAUUCUUCUUACAAAGUGGACUGUGCAGCACUUGUCAGGGAAGUUGGUGUUGGCCGUAUUCUUUCCAUCCGGUCAUUGUACCUCAAAUGAAAUAUCACAGUCGUAAGCUGUGAAGCAGCUCAGUCUCUGCAUGUAAACUAUUUGGGUACAUGUUUUGUGAAUGUAUUUUUUUUAAACACUUUCCAGUUUGUGUCUUUUUUAUGUUUGUGUGUUUGCAAAUAAAAGUUACAACAUAA